UACCAAGCAUGUUUUUUGUUUUGAGCAACACUGAUUUUGAGUACUUAUUAAGGUUGGCGCUUUACACACACUACCUCAUAAAAAUCUUCAUAACCUCUGAUUUGAGUAUUUUCAGAAGCAGGAUCGGAGUUGUAUUACCCUAGGUACCACAACUAGUGAAGCAGAAACGUUCCUCAUUUCGUGGUUCUCGUUCACUAACCACACUGCUUCCUUCCCCCUAACACCUCAAAUUCAACAUAGGUCCAGCCUGGGUUUCAACUUAAUGUAGUGCAAACCCUUAAAGUUGGGAACAAACGGUUCUUCCCCCGGACGGAAUCUAGUGUUCCACUGAAACCGCACAGAAGUGUACCAUCACCGCGGGAAUGCCCCGAAGGGCUGUCUUGCGCGGCUUCACUGUUGGAUGAGACAGUAAACCGAUCCAGCGAAGGUUGCAAGGUGCUAACCGGGCACCGGGUGGGGCUUUAGGGACCCCGGAAAAGCGAGUCCGGCCGCCGCCCGCGCAACUUGCGGCGGAAGCAGCUCCCGGCCCCGCCCCGCCCCGCGCUCGGCCGGGUCCGGUGUGCCGGCGCCGGCGGGCGGUAGCCGGGGCGACGCUCUGGGGCGGCCAGGUGGGGCCAUGUACCGGCUGCCCGAGUCGAAUUCAAAGAGGAAGCGGUGGGACAAGCAGGCCUCCGCCCGGCAGGAAGUACCUUCCGCCUGUGUCAUCGCCCCUGCGGGCCCUGGUGAAGGCGGCCCUGCUCUCCCGGACCGGCUCCCGGCGCCGCGGGCGGCGGUCGCAGGCUCGGCAGGAGCCCGGGAUGACAACGCGCCGGCACCCGCACGCCCUCGUUCUUUGCUGCGCCCUGCGCCCUCCUCCACAGGCGGGUCGCCGCCUUCGUCCGGGACCGGCGGUUCUCAAAAACAUACCGGCAUAUUUACCCACAAAAACAAAACUAGAGAGCAAUCAGGAUUACAGUUAGGAAUGUGGUACUGGAAAGAUGAAACCAGAACUCUUGAAUUCAGAAGUUUUACAUCUGCAGUAGACCUCAAGGAAAAAGGAAAGAAAGGCAAAGCUGUUCACUUUGCUGAAAUUGAUGGCCCCACUUCAGAAAGGUUGACAGAUAAAAGGCUCUCUUCAAGAGAAGAUAAGUCAGCGAAAGCCUUAGAGAAACGAGGUCAGCAGGGCAAUGUUACAUUGGAUGAUGUUAAGUAUGUUGCUUUGCUUUCACUACAAGAUACUGAGAUGCAGAAGAUCUGUUCUUUUACAACAUUUAUGAGAAAUAAGAAUCUUGACAAUUUCCUUAUGGCAUUAUUGUACUAUUUAUCUCAUUACUUGGAAAAAAUCUCACUGGAAAAUAAGCCCCGAAGCUAUAUGGUGGGCCUUGUAGAGAAAAAAGAGAUGGAACUGGUUUUAAAUAAGUUAGAAGCGGCACAGAAGUACUUGGCUCAGAAGUACUGUGUCCUUGUGCUGGGCUUGGGUAUGCCUGAUAAGCAUCACAUGAGCUGUGGAAAGGAGAAAAUGUCAGACACACAAAAAGACUGGAAAUUCUUUGAGUCCUUUUUCACUUUCUGUACCUAUAUAGCAUGGAUUGUCUUCCGACGCCAACACUUGACAGAGAUUGAGGAAGAAAUAGGAAGACUCUUCCGAAGCAAUAUGUUCAACAUUCCUCGAAGGAAACGGGAGGAUGAAGAAUCAGGAGGGGAGAAGAAACGCAUGACUUUUGUUCAAUUCAGGAGAAUGAUGGCAAAACGGCCAGCAAUUAAAAAAGCCAUUCACAUGCGUUCUCCAGUCAUGUCUACUCUGCUGCCAUCUCUCAGAGAAAAAGCUCAGAAUAUCGUUGAGAAAAAGUACCAUCAAGUAGGCAUCAAACUCCCAGGCCGGGUGCAAAAACACACGCAAAGUCUGGACUCCGUGUCCAUGUCAAUAGUUGGCAUCUUGGGGCAACCUCGAUGUCUAUUCAACCCUCAUACCCUCCUCCCCCUUGAACCAAAAGAAAAUGCAAAAACAUCUGGAAGACAUCCUUCCCUGAUAGAGAGAAAUAAUAUGCAGAUUCAGGAGACACUGGAAUUAGUCAUAAAAACUUUGUCUUGUUAACUAUGCCCUAAAUAACCUGGUAUAUUCCACUUGUGUAAUCAAGUCCCUGCUUUGAUUUAACUGCUUGAUAUAGGAUUGAUAUAUGUUGUUAUUAUUAUUAAACUUUUUAAAUUGU